UAGGCUGCCACACUGCCGUAAAAUGUGUGCUGCUGUAAGCUGGGUUGUGUUGUUGGAAGUAGUUGAGCAAUGAGGAUGUGGAUAUCAUGUCAGUUUUUAUUUUGCCUUAUGGUAUCAUUUGCCGGACACCGUGCUGUCCUGGCUCUACAGGACGUGACAGCCGACUUAUUUGGAUCUGAAUAUUAUGGCACUAUCGCUGCCUUCGGAGAUUUCAAUUCAGACAAGCAAACGGAUCUCUUCGUCAUCAGAGCUCAAAAGGAUUUGGUUGUGUUCCUAGCAGACUUAAAAGCUCCUUACUUCAAGCCAAAAAUAAAGCUGUCCUUAAAUGAUGUCAUCAGUAGUGUGGUUCCUGGAGACUAUGAUGGAGACUCACAGAUGGAUGUCCUCCUCACCACCAAUCAGAACAAGAAUGUCAACAAUCCAGAAACAUUUGUUAUUAUCUACUGGGGAAAUAAUCAAACUCUAAAUCAGUAUAAUAAGACCCAGCUAAACCAAACCUUUUUGGAUCAACCUUUGGUUAUGGAUUUUAAUGCUGAUCUGGUGCCUGAUAUUUUUGGUCAAGUCAAAGGAGAAAAUCUGCCGCAGGUGUGCUAUCUAAAUGGAAGAACGGUGUCUUGUCGGACUGCUCUUAAUUCUUCUAUAAAGAUGCGUGUGCCACACUCUAAUGCCUUCAUUGAUCUGAACAAGGAUUUCACUGCAGACUUGUUCCUAACAUCCACAAGCUCUGACAUCUCUGACAUUAACUAUUUUGAGACAUGGUUGAACAAGGAUGGGAACUUCUCCAAAACCACCAUAUUGAAAACUCCAGAUAAAGUGGCUAUCACUGGACAAUCAGCUUUUGCGGACUUUGAUGGUGAUGGGUUUCAAGACCACCUGCUGCCUGUUUGUAUGGAUGAUGGCUGUCAGAAAAGUGCAAUAUACGUCAGCAGCCCAGGGAAUAAGGAGAUCCGGUGGAUUCCCAUUUUAACAGACUUUCAGAAAAAGGACACGCUUUGGGGCUUUGUUCCGCCUAAAACAGAAUCUCAGUUUAACCUUUACAACCCUAUUACCUUGCACCUCGGGGACUACAACAUGGAUGGUUUUCCAGACGCACUGGCAAUACUGAAGAACACAACUGGGAGUAAUCAGCAAGCCUUUCUUUUGGAGAAUGUUCCAUGCAACAACGCCAGCUGUAAGGACGUGGGACGAAUGUUCAGGGUCUUUUGGGACCUCUCUGACCUGAGUCACAUUACCAGUGCUGUGGUGGCAACCUUCUUUGACAUUUAUGAAGACGGAAUAUUAGAUAUGAUCGUGCUCAGCAAAGGAGGAGCAAAAAAUGAACUAGCAAUCCAUGCUUUGAAAAACAACUUUGAGGCUGAUGCCUAUUUUGUAAAAGUGAUUGUGCUCAGUGGACUUUGUUCCAGUGACUGCCCAAGGAAAGUCACACCCUUUGGUGUCAAUCAACCUGGUCCGUAUGUCAUGUACACAUCUGUAGAUGCAAAUGGAUACCUCAAGAAUGCAUCAGCUGGACAGCUCAGUCAGUCGGCCCAUCUCGCUUUACAGCUUCCCUACACAGUGCUGGGACUAGGCCGCAGUGCCAACUUCCUGGAUCAUCUCUAUGUUGGGAUCCCCCGUCCAUUGGGAGAGAAGGAGAUUCGCAAACAAGAGUGGACUGCAAUUAUUCCAAACUCCCAGCUGAUUGUUAUUCCAUAUCCCCACAACAACCCUCGCAGAUGGAGUGCCAAACUUUAUCUGACCCCCAGUAACAUUGUGUUGCUAACAGCCAUUGCCCUAAUUGGUGUCUGUGUUUUCAUCCUUGCUAUAAUUGGCAUAUUGCACUGGCAGGAAAAGAAGGCAGAUGAUAGGGAGAAACGACAGGAAGCUCACAGGUUCCAUUUUGAUGCCAUGUGAAAAAAUCAAAAGGGAAGAUACUGCUAAAAACGUCUUGCUGUUUGAUAAGCUCAGAUGCAAUCUGGGAGGUUGACUUUGAAAUGAGCAAUUUCAAGAGUACGAUCAUCUAUUGCUAUUUGUUAACCCAAAGUAUUUAAUUUGUUUGCUGGCUGCUUUAAACAUUGCAAUUAAAGGGAAUUGAGGUGUAUCUGAACCUUUAAUAUGGAUGGUUAAAUCGGCAGGACAGAGCACACUGUGCAGUUUUAUACUUGAUUUAUUUGUUUGUUUGUUUUUCUGACUAAAGAUAGGAGGUUUUGUUAAGUCAUUCUUUCCAUUCCUAGCAUAAACAAUUUAGAAUUAACACAAACCUUUAAGUAGGGCAGAAUGUAAUUUUGGGUCUGAGAAUUCUUGGGAUUAACUCAGAAUUUAUGCUUGUAGUAUAAAAAUGUGGUGGGUAUUAUUAUAUUUUUUAUUUGAUUUGGGUUGACUUUGUUUUAAGUUAGGAAAGUGGGAUACAUUUUGCACUGCAGUUAAAAGCAUUUGAAAGUCUUGCUCUGUGCUUUUCAGCGAUAUAUUUUGAAAUGCUGUGCUGUUCUUAUUCCAUAAUUCUACUCAUAACUAUUUAGAAUUUGCUGAGUUUUGUCAGUCAGGUUAUACUAAAAAAUGUUUACUUAAAAAUCAGGUAACUGGCAAAAUUAAUCUGAAAUUAUUUAUGAUCUGUCAUUGCAAGGUUAAUAUGUGCUUUUUAAUUACAUUUUGUAUCAUUCUUGUAAAUAAGAUUAUGGCAUUACCGGUGUUUGUAUAUACUGUAAUUUGUUUGUUUAAUUGAAUAUUGAUUUAAUUAGAACUUUAUAUACUCCAGUGCUUACCCUGUUUAACUGGACAGUCAGCAUGGCAGGUUGCCUGAGAUAUUGUGAAUGUGAUUGUGUUGCACUCAUCCAUGCUAUAUUGGUGUCGAUCACUUCAUUUGUAAGGUAACUACUUUUGACUUUUGCUAGCACGUCUCAAUCUUUGUUUGCCAAGCCGAUUUUCAGCAGCAGGUUUUUCAACUACUGUAAUUGAACUGUACACUGAAAGGAGAAGGACACCCAACUAAAAUUUCUAGUAAUUUAGCGGUACUGCAAACUCCUCUUUGAUUUUAUGAUGAUAUUUUCUUGGGUGCCAAAACUGUGUACUUUUUUUAUCUUACCCUUUGACUGUUGUGAUGAAAGUCUCAAAUGUGUGGAAAUGUUUUACAGCUUAUUAGAGCAGUAGAAGUAACUUCUUUAUAAAGUGGCUUACACUGUAUGUUUAAACUUUCUUUUCAAAAUUUUUGUUAAAAGCUGAGAUUUUAUGCAAUAAGUAUAUUCUGUCGAAAACAGUUUGAUGGAUAUUAGAGAUGCAACCCAUAGCAUAUAUUGUAACCUGUACAUCCAAAGACAGACUAGUCUGAUGAUCUUGAUAAGGAGCCAAGAUGUUUCAGAACAGUUUCCUGCACAUUCCUAUACCAUGGAACAGGGAACAAAAUAGCAAAAGCGAUUUUAAUUCAGCAUACCACCUAUAAAUCUUUUCAACUGGCGUGGGCUGAAGCACAGCUAGGAUCAUCUGGAAAUGCUGAUCUCAAAUAUGAGAAAGAGGACCUGCUUAGGCAGUGUUAUUGGAAGGUACUUGUCAUCAUUAACACCUCUCACUCACUUCUUGUUUAGUGAAAUUUAAAGUGGGUGCUGUAAAUUAAGAAAAACUGUUGUUAGAAUUUUCCAUUUCAAACAAGAGCCAGAGAUGUUGGUUUUCCAAAUAAAAUAUUGUUAGAUUUAACAAUUGAUUAGAAAUGAUCACAUUUGAGAAGCUUUUGCAUCACGUUUGAAACAGAGGAAAGAACAUCUGAAUUAUUUUCAGUGGAGCCCAAAAAUAUUAAUUAAUGAUUUAAUUCUUACCUUGAAUUUAAUUGAACACUCCUUAAAUUAGUAUUGCAUUUAUUGAUAUUUUAUUUAACAAUCUUGAUUCAUUCUGUUACUAAAUGUUUACAUAUAAAUGCUAUGUUUAAUAGCUGUUUUGUGCACUUUUGUAAUGUUUAAUCUACUUACCAUCAACUGGAAAGAGCUCAUGAAAUACUUCACACUGAAUCAUUAUACAAACUGCAUAAUUCAUUGAGAUUGUGUCAGAACUCUCAGCUGUCUACACCAUAUGUGUUAGUAAAAUCACUACAUUAAAUUACGGUUUUGAAAGUUUUGCUAGUUUUUGUUCCACUUUAAUUUGCACCUGAUAUUGUCAGUUUUCUGUGAAAUACAAUGUAAAAACGGUUAAUUCAGAAAUGUUUGUGUUAAAGGUAAUUGUUAGUGAAAUUAAUCAUUAAAAUGU